AUGGUAACAAUGGGUUCGAACAAUCAUGAUUGGUGGGCACUUAUCAGUAAAUUUGUAAACACUGGCCGGAACAAUAUGCAUUUUGAUGUCUACUCUUGCACCAAAGCCACACAGCGCAACGUUUUCGACAUGGAAAUUAUUUUCGUUCAGUUGUUUAUAUUUUUAUUAUCGUCGCAACUAAGUAGCUCCGAUUGGGUCUCAGAAUGGAUGGGUCCUAUCCAAGAUCAAAUAGAUGUACAAAGAAGAUCCAAUGGCGAAAAGAUGAUUCAAAUCGUUCCGGAACAGUUCGAUAAGAAGUUAGAGGACAAAGUGCCAACCCAGCUGUCUCCUAUGACCCUGAAGAUCAAGCUGGAGGAGACACUGCGUUCAGCCAAGGUGUUAGCAGAAACAUUGAAGACACAAAUUGGCGAUCUGAUGAAACGAGAGAAUUUGCUAAAGGACGCCAUCACGAACGGCAGGCCAGGCGUAUCAACAUUAACAGUAUCAACGAUGAGUCAGGUGCCUCGCUCCUACAUCAUUCGCAAUGGCCGGUGGACGCUCUGUAAUGGAAUGAUCCAGUUCCCCAUCCCUAGUCAGGCUUCAUCUACCAACCUCUUCAAUGGACUCUUCUCCGAACCCAGAUGCAUUGGACGAGAGGUACCGACAGUGCAAGACCCGUGUGUAUUCAACUCCGUGAUCAAAUACGAAGUGGUCCCGGCAGUCCGAGCUCCCGAAUACACUGAAGACGAAUAUCUUUGUCUGAAGUCAACUUUCAACGUCACUUUGGAACGCUACAUGAGCGUGACGAGACAAGUCAUGAACGACACGUGCAAAAAUGGUAUCAUCAGGAGCCUGGGAGAUAACAGCCUGGAAUGUGGUGUGAGAAUAUUGUCCGAGUACAGUUUCUAUCCUCACAAAAGUUCAGCCUCAUCUUCUUUGCCACUUGAAUACUGCGUAGAAAAAGAUGGGUCAUGCAAACUCAUUAUGGCUUGGCACGUCUCUAACGCAACCAUAGAGAACUUCGAGUUUUUAAAGAACGAACACAAUUUCAAAAAGUAUUUUAUAAAAAGUGGCCCAUAUAUUGAACACGUAAUUUAA